AUCCGGAGUUAAACCGCUGCAAUGCUGUGAUGGUUUGGUAUGCGGCCUCCCACACGCUUCAGACUUCCAAGAUAGCUUGCAGUCUCUUGCAUCCGUGGCAGAAAGUGAAGCACAGGACAGUCCCACUGGUAAAACCUCCCAGAUCCUCAAGAAACUCUCGGAGGUGAACAAUGAUCUGGCAGGAGAAAUUGCCCACAGCUCCAGGGAAGUAAAAGCUGAAAUUCAAGCAUUAGGUGUACGCAUGGACACCGCAUGGUG